CAGUGGAGCUUGGACCGAGCGCGCCGCCGUACGUAUGAAUACAUUUUAAAGUGUUCCUCGACAGUCGCCGUCGCAGUGCAACAGUCGCGUCGCCGUUGCAGUCACAGUCGCGGUUCGCAGGAAUGUGCACGCUUAACGGCUAUCAAGUGAAUGUGAAAAAUUAAACGCUUAAAAUAAUAAUUUAAAUUGUGAAUUAAAACUACAAAUUCAUCGACUCAAAAUGUCUAUGGAUCCAACAGUUUCCCUGGAGGAUCUGGAGCGUCGUCGUCGUCGUGCCAGCUCGGCGCGAAAGGCCUCACAGACACCUCAGCCGCCACCACAUUUGGCCGAAUCGGAGGCCAUGGCCGUGAUCAAUGAGAUAUUCAAUCCCUCGCUGAAGCUGCCCGACAGCGGUGGCCACUACACGCUGCCGGAGGAGAUGAGCGCCGACGAUGAUGUGGCGCCCCAGGAGCUGGACAUUUCGAAGCUAGCGGAGCUCAAGGAAGUUUUUGCGCUCUUUGACACGGAUUGCGAUGGAUUGAUAUCGAAGGAUGAUCUGCGCUUCACCUACACCGCACUCGGCAAUGAGGCCAACGAGCAGCUGCUGGAGCAAAUGAUGCUGGAGGCCAAAGAACCACUGGACUACGAGGCCUUUGUACGUCUGAUGUCGCGCCGCACACAGGAACUGGAUCCCGAGGAUGUGCUGCUGGAGGCCUGGAGCAAAUGGGACGACCAUGGCACGGGCAAAAUCGAAGAACGCAAAAUCUACGAGGAACUGACCAACUAUGGCGACAAAAUGAGCCUCAACGAGGCCAAGGAGGCGCUCAGCCAUGCGCCAAUGGCCAAGCCCAAGUCCCUGGAGGAGCCGCCAAUGAUUGAUUAUCCAGCCUUCUGCCGCAUGCUCGGUGGCAUGCGCAAGCGAAAAGAAACCUAAGGAAUCGAAAUGGAAUAAAAAUAAAGGGGAAUAAAUCCCCUUUCAGAUGAUGCAAAAAUUAAAAACCUUUCCCUUAAAAAAACCCUCAAAUUAAAAGGAAUUUAUUGCAGUCUCCAUUUUCCCCAUCUCCAAAGAUAUUGAAAAGCUGCCAGCAGCUGCCUCGAAUAUCCGAAUGUUAUAACUCUUGGCGCCAACAUUUGUGCGACUUUUUUUGGUCAAAAUAAAUCGUGAAGAACCAACAGAGA